GUCUAUAAGUCAAGUAGUGGAUCUGUGCCAUUUAAGGACUCUUGAAUCGAAUUAGUAAGAGACAAGCAUCUCCAGGAGUCAAAUUCCGCCAGUGAAACUGAAAAAUGGAGGAGACAAAUUCUCAGAUUCCUCUAGUGAAAUUGGGAAGUCAGGGAUUCGAGGUUUCUAGAUUGGGAUUUGGAUGUGGGGGACUUUCUGGAAUGCUGAAUGCCCCUCUUUCCCAUGAAGAGGGAAUUUCUCUUUUAAAAGAAGCUUUUAAUAGGGGCAUCACCUUAUUUGAUACUGCCAAUUUGUAUGGAAAAGACAAUCAUAAUGAGAUCAUGAUUGGCAAGCUUUUGAAACAGCUUCCUCGAGAAAAAGUUCAGUUAGCAACCAAAUUUGGUGUAUACAUAUUAGAGGAUGGCCAAUUUGGUGUCAAGGGCACCCCCGAGUAUGUAAGGGAAAACUGUGAAGCUAGUCUUAAGCGACUUGGCGUGGACUACAUUGACCUAUACUAUCAACAUCGAGUGGAUACUUCAGUGCCAAUAGAGGAUACCAUUGGGGAGCUCAAGAAGCUGGUGGAUGAAGGAAAGAUAAGAUAUAUAGGGCUAUCAGAAGCUAAUGUUGACACAAUAAGGAGAGCCCAUGCAGUUCAUCCCAUCACGGCUGUUCAAAUGGAAUACUCUUUGUGGACUCGUGAAAUAGAAGAUGAGAUAAUUCCGCUCUGCCGAGAGCUUGGCAUCGGUAUAGUGGCAUAUAGUCCUCUUGGUCAUGGUUUCUUUGGAGGGAAAGCUGUUGUAGAGAGCUUGCCUAAUGAGAGUGUUUUGGCUAUGCAUCCAAGGUUCACUGGGGAAAAUCUAGACAAAAACAGACUUUUAUACACCCAACUUGCCAACCAGGCAGCGAAGCAUUCUUGCACUGUGCCUCAGCUAGCUUUGGCAUGGCUUCUCCAUCAGGGGGAUGACAUAAUUCCAAUUCCCGGGACAACGCAACUGAAAAACCUUGAAAGCAACAUUGGAGCCUUGGCAGUAAAGCUCACACAAGAGGAUCUAAAAGAAAUCAGUGAUGCUUUUCCUGUUGACAAUGUCAGUGGCUCCAGAGAGGAGGACGUGUUAUCUAAAUUUUCCUGGAAGUUCGCAAAUACGCCACCAAAGCAGUGAAAGGUAUAUAAACGAUCGAAUAUAUUGUAAAACAUGCGUUAGCUCCUGCAUUAAGAAAUCUCUUUAUGUUGUUUUUAUCUCAAGUAAGAAUAUAUAUGGUGUGAAAUCAGACAUCUUUAAUAUGUAAUUGCUUCUGUUACUCCAACAUUAUCUUUGCUGGGUUUGGGAAAGUCAGUAUGAAACUCUAGUAGAUGUACUAGUGUAGUAAGAACAAUUCAGUUAAUCUGGCUGGCUUUGUUUUUAUUAUUUUCAUCAAUCUCCAUCAACACACUGAAAAAUA